AUAUGAUCUUCCUCCAGCUCUGCGCCUGCUUUCCUCAAACAACAGCUGAACAUGGCGGACUUUGAGGAGCGGUCGCUGUUGGGAGACGAAAAUGAAGACUCGCUCGCCGGUGGACAAGAAGACAGAGGCCCCGGAAGACCACUGUCCGCCAUCUGCGACCCCAGCCACCUCCUACACCGAGUGGUCGUCCUGAUCUUUAUGUGCUUCCUGGGAUUCGGGAGCUACUUCUGUUAUGACAACCCAGCAGCACUUCAAACUCAAGUCAUACAGGAUAUGAACUUGAACACUGCUGAGUUCAUGCAGCUGUAUGCCUGGUAUUCCUGGCCCAAUGUGGUCCUCUGCUUCUUGGGAGGAUUUCUCAUCGACAGGGUUUUUGGCAUCAGGCUUGGAACCAUCAUCUUUUCCCUUUUUGUCUGUGUUGGACAGGUAAUAUUUGCAGCUGGAGCGUGGGCCAAUCAUUUUUGGCUAAUGGAAGCUGGACGCUUCGUAUUUGGUAUCGGUGGAGAGUCUCUAGCUGUGGCCCAAAACACGUAUGCAGUCAACUGGUUCAAAGGCAAAGAGCUCAAUCUGGUUUUUGGUCUUCAGCUGAGCAUGGCUCGACUGGGCAGCACAGUGAACAUGAACAUCAUGGGCUGGGUGUACAGUAAAGUUGCGGUCGCUGUCGGUUCCCCUGGACACACGACGCUCGGGAUAUCACUCAUGAUAGCGGGUGGAACCUGUGUGUUUUCUCUAAUCUGUGCCUUGGUGCUGGGAUUUUUUGAUAAGAGAGCAGAGAGGAUCCUUCACAAGGAACAGGGGAGAACGGGUGAAGUUAUAAAACUGACUGAUGUGAAGGAUUUCUCCCUGUCCCUGUGGCUCAUCUUCAUCAUUUGUGUCUUUUACUAUGUCGCCAUUUUCCCCUUUAUUGGACAGGGCCAGGUAUUCUUUAUUGAAAAAUUCAACUUCUCCCCAGCACAAGCCAGAGCUGUCAACAGCAUCGUGUACAUCAUCUCAGCUCCUGCGUCUCCAAUUCUCGGCUUUAUCGUCGAUAAGACUGGGAGAAAUAUUGGCUGGGUCUUUGCGGCCGUCAUCGCAACGCUCUGUGCUCACAUGAUGCUGGCCUUCACCUUCUGGAACCCGUGGAUUGCUAUGUCCCUGCUGGGCGUCUCGUACUCCCUGCUGGCCUGUGCGCUGUGGCCCAUGGUGGCCUUCGUGGUGCCUGAGCAUCAACUGGGAACGGCCUAUGGCUUCAUGCAGUCCAUCCAGAACUUGGGGCUUGCAGUCAUCGCGAUCGCAGUCGGAGUCAUUGUGGAUAUCAGAGGAUACCUGGUGUUGGAAGUGUUUUUCUGCGCCUGCAUUUGCAUCGCACUGAUGGCAGUGGUGGGGUUGUACUUUGUGGAUUAUCUCAAAGGUGAAGGUCUGAACCGGUCAGCUGCAGAAAGAGCCAAACUCCAGAAGGAGACAACUGAACAUGCAGAAUGACGCUGAGCGAACACACAUGGUCCUGGGCUUCAGAACCAGCCGGUUGCACUGUCCACCCCAGAGCUUUCAGUCUGCGGCCAAUGGGGCGGGACCGCGGUUCUGGCUCCGCCCAGUGAUGUCAUCUGUGGCUCUUCGCACCUGAACUGACUGGCUGUUGCUUAACCCCGUGUUGAUAUAAGGACACUGACGAAUGACAAAUCUCAGUUUGGACAUGAAAACUACUUCUUCUCACCUGACUACAGUUCCUCCUGCUCUUAAUAACAACUAACUUGUGUGUGUGUGUGUGUACACGCAGCAUGAAGUUUAUUAACUCCUAGAAACCUAAAGUGUUUAUAAACUGUCAAGGGGAAUGGUGCUCUUACUUUUUUUUUUUUUUUUUUUUUUUUUAAUCCUUGAUUUAUUAUUUGCUUUUAACUCAGAAAAUAAGGAUCCCAUUUCAGUUCAUGAAAACUUUGUUUGUAUUGUGUUUCCAGAAGAACUUGUUUAACUUAUCACAUGUCAGUGUUAUCACUGCCAAGCUAAACUCUCAUAAUGGAGUCGGCACACUUAUUUUCAGUCAUUGACCUUUUAGUGGAUAAUGUCCAGCAGAGCAUGGCUCCUCACUGUUUAAGCUUUAUUGCUCUGUUAUUUUAUCCCCUAAACUCUUUAACCGCUUUUCAAUGAGCUAUGAAGUUCAUAAGAGUUAAUUUUCUGUCGCAUCAUCUAUUAAUGUGCAGAUAUAAAAAAAACACACAAAAAAACAGGCCUGCUUAUGAACGCAUUUAACUGUAAUAAUCCUCAGCCUUGGCGUCUGUAGACGCAUUUUUUUAACGUCUUUUUAAUAUUUAAAAGAAGAUUUAAAUGUUUCAUAGAUUUUUGUCGUUUAAACUCAGGUGAUUAAGUUGAUUGAAGCACUUGCCGAAAUUCCUGCUUGCUUCAGACUGUUUGUGCACUUGGCUUUAACAAAUUGCAUUGUGACCAUGAAGUUGGAGAUUACAGUCUCCAUUUGCUUAUCGGAGUUGCAGACAUGGACACGGCCCGGCGGGUGAUUCAUACCAUAUUUCUCAUAUUUUUACGUUGAAACAAAAAUGUCUGCUAUACAUUUGAAAGGGGAGAAAAAUCUAUUUCUUACAUAUUGAUUGUGGUCAUAAGGUAUAUUUUAUUUAAAUGCAAAGAAAAACUAGUAUAACAAAGCACUUUGAUAGUUGGAAGAAAAAGACACACUUUAAAUGAUCAAAUUAAGUUAAAAAAAACGUGGAAACGCCAAAAAUAUAAAAAUAUAUAUUUUAAAAAACUGACAAAAAUAAGUAAAUUAUAUUGUAAAACAUAAUUGACUAACACUACAUCGAUUCAGUCAAACUGAAUUGAUGUCUUAAGUUUUACUUUUAAAAUUCAAAUAUCUAAACCACUUGGGCACUUUUGCUUUUAUCUCAAAAGAUCUCAGAUCUAUAUAUCAAACUUUACUGUAGUUUCAAAGGUUUACAAAAGUUAACAGAUACUAGUGGUAGAACAGCUGAAAUAUUGAGACUCACUCAGAAGUCAGGAAGGCAGAUAUGUUAGAACGUUAAAAUUAAAAAGUUUUAACCAUUUAGAAAAACCUUAUUUUUAUAAAGAAUUAAAUGUCUUUCAAUCUAAAAUGACUAGAACAUAAAUCAAGAAAGAUCAGAUUUCACAAGAGAAGCGUAAAACAUGCUAAGGUGCUUCAAGCAUUUAUGUCUUAAAAGCUGAAGCAAUGAUACGAAUUAAAGUUUUAACACUUUUUUUUUUUUUUUUUUUUUUUGGAGAAAUGCCCUUGAAAAAGGUGACCUCCUGCAUCUGUCGCAAAUAUGUUCCCCAUUCUUCACAAUGCAAGGAGGAAACUUUUAACACGUGUUGAAUUUAGCUGCCGAUCUGUGCAAAUAUGGGUGAGAAAUGAUGAAUUAUGCAAGAUUUGUUGAAGCAAAAACAUUUGUGACCAUUAAAGUUGAAUUUUCAUCAUGAAUUAAAUAAUUUUUGAUCUAAAAACUAAGUUUGAAAACUGAAUUGAGUUUGAAAACCGCAAACGAAGCUUCUAGAAGUAAAAGCCAAACUAUAAAGGUAACUAGCAAAAAAAAAAAACACACUAGUGAGUCAUAGCGACUUUUUUUUGUGUGUUUUUUGAGUCGACACUUGUUACAUUUAACUGUUGAUUUGCUGAAAUUGACUGAAAAGUACCAAUUAUACAAUGUUUGAAGAAGCAAACACUUGCAACCAAGUGCUCUGACACUUUGAAUAAACAUAAAUUAUUUGUUAAA